AUGGAUGCUCCAGCAGCGCCUCCGACGAAGAAGCCGCCGCUGGCACCAACAGUUGACAUGGAGUUGCUUGUGUUGGAGGAACUGGAUGCCUGCCGUCGCGUGGCUGACGAUAGGGAUAGAGCCCAUGACAUCGAGGACGCCUUUCCAGAAACCGAUAGUGGUGGCUGUUCAAAGGUUUUGGUCCAGGAACGGCGCCUGAAACUCUCAAUCCACGCCUGUAUCUCAACCAAGGCGUUUAUCGAGCUAAAGUCCAAUCUGGCUAUGGGCCGUGAAAUAGCGCAGAAAUGCCAACCACUAACAACUGCUGCCCGGCCUGUCCCUCACGGCGGCCUCUUCGCACCAAAUUAA